UCUCAUUUCAGUUUUUAAUUCUUAACUCUCUCUAUAUAUCUAUUGUUCAAUUUCGAUCAGAAGUGAAAAGUCAAAACACAACGUAUAUAAUCUGUGCAUCCCAUGGCAUCAAACAACAACGGUCCUGUUAUUGUCGUGAUCAUGGGUGUCAGCGGUGCAGGGAAAACCACAAUUGGUCAAAAGCUGGAAAAAGAGAUUAAGUAUAAGUUUCUUGAUGCUGAUGAUUUUCAUUCUCAAUCAAACAAAGAAAAGAUGAGGAUGGGAAUCCCACUUACAGAUGAAGACAGGAUGCCAUGGCUUGAAUCACUGAGAGAUGCCAUAAAAGAGUUCUUGAUUAACAAAAAGGGUUUGGUUCUUGGUUGUUCUGCAUUGAAGGAACAGUAUAGAGAAAUACUUAGAUCAGGCGACCCUGAUUAUAGAUUGCAGAGUUAUGCAAGUGCUGUUAACUUCAUUCUAUUGGAUGCUCCUGCUGAAGUGCUAAUCGCUCGAUUAAAUAAGAGGGCUGCAGAAGGAAAACAUUACAUGCCUGCAUCACUUCUGCAAUCUCAGUUAGAUUUGCUUAACAUUGAUGAGUCUGAGGGAAUACUUAGAGUUGAUGCUACUUUAAGUCCUGAAUCCAUUGUUAACACCAUUAAAGAAAUGCACCCUUUUCAGGGCUGCUUUCAAUCAUGAUUUUGUUGAACCUCAAUAAUGGUUAUGUUUAAUUUCAAUCAUGAUUAAUUUUUCAAAGUUAGCAUUGUAACUGUGUUUACAAUUUUUAGUUUGUAUAUUUUAAUUGAUGAUAAGAAGAUACUA